AUGAAGGAUUGCUGCGCAAUCCAGCUCGGAGCGGGCUUAGGCGGCGCAUCUACCGCACACGGUUAUCGGAGAUGCGCCCACGCGGUGAACAACGAACGAGGCACAAGCUUGAAACUCGUCGGCGCCAGCGAAGCCGAAGUCCGCGUGAACAAUUGUUUUCUCCCGACUUCCGAUCGGCCUCACGGAGUUUCUAGCUCUUUCCAUCAAGCAUUCGUUGCACGUCUACUGGAGGGUGUUGCAGAGGAGCCUCGCGCACGGGCUGAUUCCUUCGCCCUCGUUUUGAACAGGCGUGUGAGUUUGGGUGCGUGGAGUGAGAAUGCGUCGGAGGUGUGUGUUGUGUUGUUUGGAAAUGGCUGUGGAUCGUGGGUGCGAAGGGGUGAGAUGCGAGGUGGUGGUGAUUUCUCAGUCUGGGAUUUCUCUAGUUUCAGGGUUUGGGUUUGCGCUCCUCGAGCGUUAGAAAUCGUGCUUGCGAUUUUGGAGGAGGCAAUCCUGUUGGAGGUGCGAUACCAGGUAGACGAUAUGUUAGGAUUUUCUAGAUCUCAGCUUAGCUGCUGUAGAAACAAGCGAUCCAUAAAUCUACGAGGAAUUCUGUCGAUGGCGACUGAGAAAUCUGGAGCAGAGUUCCCACCGAAGAUCGUUGAAGUGGCACAUUUGGAUGACACUGAUGUGAAGACUCCCCAGCCACCCAAGCUUGAGGACAUGGUGGAGCCGAACCAGAAUUCGUUCACCGCAUUGGAGUCUGGAACCUCUACGAAAAUUGAAGCAGAGUCUACAGCGGAGGCUGUGAAGAACUUAGACUUGAAGGAUCAGGUUACAUCGGAAAAAGCGCCUGAACAUGAAGAGCAUCACCACACUCUGAGCAAUGUGGAGGAAGGCAUGAAGAAAAUUCAUAUUGAUGAGGGCGAGAAGCACGUCGAAGAAAAGGAGAAGAAAAAGGACAAGGAAGGUGGUGAAGAAGGGGCAGAGAAGAAGGAAAAGAAAGAGAAAAAAAAGGAUGAGGAAGGAGGAGAGAAGAAGGAAAAGAAGGAAAAGAAAAAGGACAAGGAUGAUAAGAAGAAGAAAGACAAGGACGGUGAAGGAGGAGGAGAGAAGAAGGAGAAGAAGGAGAAGAAGAAAAAGGACAAAGAGGGUGACGAAGCAGGAGGAGAGAAGAAGGAGAAGAAGGACAAGAAGAAGAAAGACAAGGACGGUGAAGAAGGAGGAGAGAAGAAGGAGAAGACGGAUAAGAAGAAGAAAGAUAAGGAAGGGGAAGAAGGAGGAGAGAAGAAGGAGAAGACGGAUAAGAAGAAGAAAGAUAAGGACGGUGAAGAAGGAGGAGAGAAGAAGGAGAAGACGGAUAAGAAGAAGAAAGAUAAGGACGGUGAAGAAGAAGGAGGAGAGAAGAAGGAGAAGGAUAAGAAGAAGGACAAGGAGGGGGCUGAGGAAGGAGGGGAAAAGAAGGAGAAGAAGGAUAAGAAGAAGGACAAGGAAGGGGCCGAGGAAGGAGGAGAGAAGAAGGAAAAGAAGGAGAAGAAGGACAAGGAAGGGGCCGAGGAAGGAGGAGAGAAGAAGGAAAAGAAGGAGAAGAAGGACAAGGAAGGGGCCGAGGAAGGAGGAGAGAAGAAGGAAAAGAAGGAGAAGAAGGACAAGGAAGGGGCCGAGGAAGGAGGAGAGAAGAAGGAAAAGAAGGAGAAGAAGGACAAGGAAGGGGCCGAGGAAGGAGGAGAGAAGAAGGAAAAGAAGGAGAAGAAGGACAAGGCUGCAGAUGAAAAGGAUGGCACGGAGAAGAAAGAGAAAAAGGAAAAGAAGGAAAAAGACCCUGAGGCCAAGGAGAAAAAGUCGAAAGAGAAGGUGGCGGAUGAGUAA